AUGGGCCUCAAGGGAGAGGAGAGGACGUCCGCCGGCGUAGUUUUGGUGGAGCCGAAGCCGAAUAAAGGGCUGGCCUCCAAGGCGGUGGACUGGCUUGAAUGGGCCUUUGUGAAAAUUAUGCAUGAUCCUAAGGCCCCCCUUCAUUACCUCUCCGGCAACUUUGCCCCUGUCGACGAGACUUCGCCUCUUGCCGAUCUUCCGGUCAUAGGGCACCUCCCGGAAUGCCUCAAUGGUGAAUUUGUGAGGGUUGGUCCAAAUCCGAAGUUUGCUCCUGUUGCUGGAUAUCAUUGGUUUGAUGGAGAUGGAAUGAUUCACGGCAUGCGCAUCAAAGAUGGAAAAGCGACCUAUGUCUCCCGCUAUGUGAAAACUUCACGGCUUAAACAAGAGGAGUACUUUGGUGGGUCAAAGUUCAUGAAGAUUGGUGACCUCAAAGGAGUAUUUGGACUUGUUACAGUUUAUAUGCAAAUGCUAAGAUAUAAAUUCAAUAUACUCGAUGAUUCUUAUGGAUACGGUACAGCUAAUACAGCCCUGGUCUACCACAAUGGGAAUCUUUUGGCUCUCAGUGAGGGUGAUAAACCAUAUGCCAUCAAAGUUUUGGAAGAUGGAGAUCUACAGACCAUUGGCUUGCUCGACUAUGACAAAAGACUGUCACAUUCUUUUACUGCUCAUCCUAAAGUUGACCCUGUCACGGGGGAAAUGUUUACCUUUGGCUAUUCACACACCCCACCAUAUGUUACAUACAGAGUCAUAUCGAAGGAUGGUGUAAUGCAGGAUCCAGUGCCAAUAACAAUAGCAGCACCAAUUAUGAUGCAUGAUUUUGCCAUUACUGAAAAUUAUGCAAUAUUUAUGGAUCUACCGUUGUACUUCAGGCCAAAGGAAAUGGUGAAGGAAAAGAAACUUGCCUUCAGUUUCGAUCGUACUAAGAAAGCUCGUUUUGGAAUCCUUCCGCGGUAUGCAAAGAACGAGCUUUUAAUUAGGUGGUUUGAGCUCCCGAAUUGCUUCAUAUUUCAUAAUGCAAAUGCUUGGGAGGAAGGAGAUGAAGUUGUUUUAAUCACUUGUCGGCUUCAGAACCCAGAUCUUGACCAGAUAAAUGGCUCGGUAGAAGGAAAGCUUGAGCAUUUCACAAAUGAACUGUAUGAGAUGAGAUUCAACCUAAAAAAUGGUCUUGCUACUCAGAAAAGAUUAUCCGUAUCUGCUGUAGAUUUUCCAAGGGUGAAUGAAAGCUACACUGGCAGGAAACAACGUUAUGUGUAUGGGACUAUACUGGAUGAAAUUGCAAAGGUGACAGGAAUUAUCAAGUUUGAUUUACAUGAAAAACCAGAGAUCGAAAAAGAAAAGCUCAAAGUUGGAGGAAAUGUCAGUGGCAUCUUUGAUCUGGGGCCUGGAAGAUUCGGCUCGGAGGCUAUUUUUGUUCCACGUCAGCCUGGCACCACAUCUGAAGAAGAUGAUGGCUACUUGAUAUUCUUUGCACAUGACGAAAAAACUGGAAAAUCAGCUGUAAACGUGAUUGACGCGAAAACAAUGUCACCUGAGCCUGUUGCAGUUGUUGAACUACCCAAAAGAGUUCCAUAUGGUUUCCAUGCUUUCUUUGUGACUGAGGAACAACUUGAAGAACAAGCAAAGCUGUGA